UCCUAUAUUCCAUCCCAUCUGCAUUCAUGCUGAAAGACUGCCAAGGUAUUGGAUUCGAACCAAUAAUCUAGAGAAAAAUAUUUGUACCAGUAAUUAUACAACAAAAGUGAUCAACUAAGUAGGAAAAUAUUGUUUUAAGUUGUAAAAAAUUUACAAUUUGAUCAUGUUGUUUCUAAUUUAUAUUUUCUUCUCGUGUAUUAUUUUUACUUUAGUAUUCUUUUUGCUAGAAUCUGUACGGCAAUUUUUACCAAGGUUGAGAUUUUUUAUAACUUGAAUUUCCCAAAACCGUGGAAUACAAUUUGAGUUAAAUUCUGUUUAACAGAAAAUAUAUAUAUAUAUACACACACACAUAUAUAUAAGAACAUUUGUCAAUUAUAUGCAGAAAAAAGAAAGAACAGAUGAGAUAUAAUAGUUGCAGUAAACUUCUAUGGUUGUAGCAUUAUUGCCUUUAAGCCUAAUGGCCCUGGACUUAACCUAGGUACUAGUAACUUGUAAGUUUCAAGGGGUUACUUGGAUUCUGGUUGGUAUGAGCCAAGAACAUAAGAAAAUAUUAGUACUGAGAAGAAAACCACCUGCUCAAGAAAAUCUUAUGGUGGAGUACUCCAGCUGCUAAUUGAUUUUUGUUCUUUCCCCCUUGUUUAAGGAAAGUCUUGGACAAAGACAUCCCUUCCUUGGUUUUGUAAUCUCGUACUUUACUUCCCCAAGAGUAUGAUUCCUCUUGUUUCUAUAAUUCCCAGCUUUCUGAUUCUAUUCUUUUUAUACAGAGGAGAAAAGCUUUUAGCGUUAUCUUUCACAUUGGUUCUCACUUUCUCUUCUAACAUAAGGGUUUGGCAUUUUGAAAAAAACCAUUUUGCUGCUUGUUCAGUAUUUAGUGUAGGGCAAUUAAGAAGUUUUGCUUGGCAAGAUCUUCCAGGCACCUAAUUCCUGAUCAAAGCAAGAAAUACGAGAUAAAAAACAACGCAUCUGAUCAAAAAUGGACUUAAGGAACUUUCUUUCGGAGCUUGUUGCUAAAAUAAUAGACAUAAUAUCGACCCUGAUUGCCAGAUAUUCAAAGUAUGACAAAAAAACUGAAGAGAAUAUGAAAAUUCUCAAGGGAAUUUUGGGAGAGCUAAAUAACCGAAAGGAAGAAAUAGAUCAGAAAAUUUAUGCUGAGCAUCUUUCAGGAACACAAGAAAAAGAGGAAGUCAGAAACUGGUUAAACAAUGUUCAAUCAAUCAACAGUGACAUACGAAGUAUUGAGGAAGAACUUGGAAGAAAGAAAUAUCUUUCAUGUGAAGCGGUUGGAAAACUUGUGGAUGAAAAGAUUAUACAAGCUCAGGAACUCCUCGAGAAAGGUAGCUCCCACACUAGAAUUUUCGAUAAAAAACAUUUCAAGUACGUCAUCCUUGGUGGUGGUGUUGCAGCUGGAUAUGCUGCAAGGGAGUUUAAUAGACAAGGGCUCCUGCCAGGGGAGCUAGCAAUUAUUUCUAAAGAAGCUGUAGCACCUUAUGAGCGUCCUGCACUUAGUAAGGCAUAUCUAUUCCCAAAUGAACCUGCAAGACUUCCAGGUUUCCAUGUCUGUGUUGGAAGUGGAGGAGAGAGACUGCUUCCGGAGUGGUACAAGGAAAAAGGGAUUGAAUUGAUCCUUGGAACAGAAAUAGUAAAAGCAGAUCUUGCUUCAAAGACUCUCACUAGUGCAUCUGGAAAAAUCUAUACGUACCAAUUUUUGAUCAUUGCAACUGGUUCCACAGCAGUUAAGUUGACAGAUUUUGGUGUACAAGGAGCGGAUGCCAAAAAUAUCUUUUACUUGAGAGAAAUAAGUGAUGCUGAUAAGCUUGUAGAAACAAUUAAAACAAAGCAGAAAGGAAAGGCAGUAGUGAUUGGAGGUGGAUACAUCGGUCUUGAAGUUGGAGCAGCUAUGAGAAUCAACGAGUUCGAUGUUAGCAUGGUAUACCCUGAACCAUGGUGCAUGGCUCGGCUUUUCACUCCGGCCAUUGCUUCUUUCUAUGAGGGCUACUAUGCUAACAAAGGAGUUAAAAUUAUCAAAGGUACAGUUGCAGUUGGAUUUGAGGCUGACUCUAAUGGACAAGUAAAGACGGUGAAACUGAAGAAUGGUGAGGUGCUACAAGCCGACAUUGUUGUUGUAGGUGUUGGGGGAAGUCCGGUAACUGCAUUAUUCAAAGGACAGGUUGAGGAAGAAAAAGGUGGUAUCAAAACUGAUGGUUUCUUCAGAACAAGCGUCCAAGAAGUGUAUGCUGUUGGAGAUGUAGCUACUUUCCCUAUGAAAUUGUACAGUGACAUGAGAAGAGUUGAACAUGUUGAUCAUGCUCGUAAAUCAGCACAGCAAGCUGUGAAGGCUAUCAAGGCAAGUGAAGGUGGUAAAUCCAUUCAGGAGUAUGACUACCUUCCUUUCUUCUAUUCGCGUUUCUUUGAUCUUUCAUGGGUUUUUUAUGGAGACAAUGUUGGAGAACCAGUGUUAUUUCAGGAUAUUCAAGAUAAUUCCACCACCAGGCCAUCAUCUACAAAGCCCAAGUUUGGAACUUAUUGGAUCCACAAUGGAAAGGUGGUUGGAGCUUUCUUGGAAGGAGGAACUGCUGAAGAAAACAAAGGAAUUGCCAAAAUUGCUAGGCUCCAACCUGAGGCUAAGAAAGAUCAACUUGAGAAAAUUGGGAUGCUAAUUGCUGGUUUGUAUGGCUCAGAUAGGCCUCUAUCUUGCAGUAUAAUUUGAGAGUAGUAGUAAUUAAUGUUUAUUCUACUUUUCAGAAUUGCUGAUUACUCUCCAAUAUAUUUAUGAACGUAUAUUGUACCUAUAAAGUCUGUACUCGUAUGCUAAAAUGUCCAAUAAAAUACAAUUGUUUUAUUUUAA